CCGUGCAGCUGUGCACAAUUUGCCGACGCCGGAAAAAACAAUAAUAAUUGUUAAAUAAAAUGGCAAAUCGGACAGUGAAGGAGGCCAAAAACGUGCAUGGCACCAACCCGCAGUAUCUCAUCGAAAAGAUCAUACGUUCCCGCAUCUACGACUCCAAGUACUGGAAGGAGCAAUGUUUUGCCCUCACAGCCGAACUGCUCGUGGACAAAGCAAUGGAGCUACGAUUCGUCGGCGGCGUUUAUGGAGGAAACAUAAAGCCGACGCAGUUCCUCUGCCUCACACUGAAGAUGCUGCAGAUUCAGCCGGAGAAGGACAUUGUGGUGGAGUUCAUCAAGAACGAGGAGUUUAAGUACGUCCGUGCAUUGGGGGCGUUCUAUCUGCGACUGACCGGAGUCGCCCUCGACUGUUACAAGUAUCUGGAGCCCUUGUACAUCGACAACCGCAAGCUGAGACGCCAAAACCGAGCCGGGCAGUUCGAAAUUGUCUACAUGGACGAAUACAUAGAUGAAUUGCUGCGUAACGAUCGCGUCUGCGACAUUAUACUGCCUCGAAUACAGAAGCGAACCAUUCUCGAGGAGAACAACGAGAUUGAACCGAAGGUGUCGGUUCUGGAUGAAGACUUGGACGACGAGCUACCCAGUGAGGAUGAGAAGCCAGACGAGCGAGAAGCGAAUCGGACAAACGAAAAUUCCGUUUCAACUGUACGACGCCCGCGAAGAGCUCGCUCAAAAUCCAAAUCGCGCAGCAGGGAGCGGGACAGACGUCCUGCCCAAAACAACAAUGGUCGCUCUCGAGAUUACUACGAUGAACUGGAGGAGUUUGAGCGGCAGCGCAAUCGCACCCGCAACCGUGACAAUCAGCACGAAGAUCGCCGACAGCCAGCACCACGUCAGGAUCGGGAUAGAGAACGACAGGAUCGGGACAGAGAACGCCAGGACCGGGAUAGAAAGCCCCAGAAUCGGGACAGGGAGCGCCAGGAUCGGGACAGAAUGCGCGAGCGGGAGAGAUAUGGCGAAAGAGAUAGACGGGAGCGAGAUAAUGGCUCCCGCCACGACCAGCGGGAGAGGGAGCCGCGAAACGAGCGGGACCGACGUCGCCAUUAAAAUAAAUUUAAAAUAAUUAAAAUAUUGACCACUAAAAAACACCACACCGCCAAACCCUCGGUAUUUUUAUUUGCCCCAAGUUGGCAGCGCCUCCGCAGCAAGUGGUAAACAGAAACAGCUGCUGCUGUUGUGGCCUUUAGAAAGUUGAAAGAAAUUUUAAUCGUAGUGAACAAUUUAUACAUCUGUUUGUAUGAUUAAUGUUUAAUCAUCCAUGUACUCGUAUUAAGUAACGUAACACAUUACGCACAUGUCGAUAAAUUGCUUACGUUGCCAUUUCGCAGCAGCUGAGGCUUCCAGUAAUUGUUUUCGCUCUGUUGCGCUUAGAAGUCGUCUUCGUGUCUGACUGAUUAAAUACUAUACGUUGCUGCAUUGUUCAGAAUGAA